GCCAAAAAUGUAAAACUCAAACGACCUCCACAUCUCUAUAUCUUCUUAUAGUUUUUGUUAUAAUAUAUCAAGAAAAUAACCAAAAACAAAAUAAAAUGUGGCAUUUCAAACUAGCUAAAAAGAUGCCGAUCAUAGACGCCGGAGCUCCGGCGAAGAGAGACGGCGAAGCAAAGCAUCCGCCGUGCAAACACAUCCUAUCCCCCGCCUCUGCCGACGCCGCCGCCGCCGCCGAGGCGGAGAGGAGCGUCGUACGGACAUCGAAGCUCCCGCAUAACUGCGAGGCCAUUCUGAGAAACGCGGGCUUGUCCCCGGACAAAUUCAUCGAUCGCCUCCACGAGGGUGUUUUCUUGAAGAACAAGACACAGAAAUAUUGGGUGGAGGGGAGCUCGAGCAGCAACUGUUUCAUGGUCUACGCGAGAGAUCUGUCCAUCACUUGGUCUGAAAACACGACCUACUGGACAUGGUUCUCUUUCAAGGACACUCCCAACGACACGCUCGUCGAAGGGGUGGAGCUGAAAAACGUGUGUUGGCUGGACAUAAGCGGGAAAUUCGAGACGGUGAAUCUAACACCGGGAACAACGUACGAGGUUGUGUUCGUGGUGAAGUUGGAAGAUCCGGCGUACGGAUGGGACACGCCGGUUAACGUGAAGCUCACGCUUCCCUCCGGACAGCAGAUAUCUGACCGGAAAGUGAUCCUGAAAGAGAAGAUGAGGUACCAGUGGCUCGAUAUUCCGGCGGGAGAGUUCGUGCCGUCGUCGGAGAACGCCGGAGAAAUCAGGUUCUCGAUGUACGAGCAUGAUUCCGGCACUUGGAAGAAGGGCCUCUUCGUCAAAGGUGUUGCCAUUCGCCCCAAAUCGCACUAAGUCCAUGUGAUACAUAUAUAUAUAUAUAUGUAUAGAUUGAUGGGCAACUUUAUAGAGCAAUAAUCCGGCCUUCAACCUAAUUUAUGAUCGAUAGAUUAUCCGAUAUGUUAUAUAUAUAUAUGUGUGUGUGUGUGUGAAUAAGAUUUUAAGCGAGUGGACUGAGGUUUGUAAUGCGAUAAGUUUGAAAUUCCCGAUGUAUGGAAUUUGAUAGUCGAUGCUCAAAUUGAUUCAAUUUA